AUGAGCGAAACACAUUGUGUUUUUAUUACAUUGNGCUUGUACUCACCUGAGAGAGGGGGAUUCUUUAGUCUUCCACUAAGUGACAUUGGUCGCGGUUCUGGGUUCUGCAAUUCGUGUAAGAUAAGGGAGCAUAAAGAGGAGAGGUCUGCAAUUAAACUAAAUGUUUCAAAGACAGGCUUUUUCUCCAAUGGGAUUGAGUAUUCUGCUGAGGAUUUCGUCUAUGUCAACCCUGACUCAAUAGAUGGAUUGAAGGAGGAUAGCAGAACUGUUUUUAAGUCUGGGCGGAACAUUUCGUCUAUGUUCCUAGUCAGUCCUCUAGCAUCAGGGGUUUCCGGAUAGCUAUGAGUUCUCAGGGAACAUUAUACACAAGCAUAGGCAUAUUGGGAAUGCAGUUCCUCCACCAUUGGCGUUUGCUCUUGGUCGUAAGCUCAAAGAAGUCUCUUCAACAACAACCCUAAAUGAGAUUUAGAUUUGGCAUGUCCUUUUUAAUUACAGUAGUCAUUAUGAUCCUUCUCUUAAAUGAAACUCAGUUAUUGGUGCUGGUACUUUUAUAUAAAGAAAAAAGCCU